CAAAUUAGUUUUAUAUAUCUCCUACUUAAUUCCUCUUCUUUCUACUUACUGUGGAUUGUGCGUGAGGAGCAAAGAAAUAAAAUUCCUUGAUUUUAUUUUGGUUAUCAAAGAGAUUAAGCUCAUGCACAUCCUAUCAUCAUUGAGCAGCAGCCGCCUGCAUCCCGUACCCGAUUGUUUUAAAAGUUCGCUUGGAUUUAACUAUUUGGUAUUAUUAUUCGGAAAGUCAAGAUUGACUGAAGCAGAUUGAUCGUGAAGGAUGCAGUUACAAGUUGAAGGAGCUCCAGUAUUAUCGUUUAGUCUUGUAUGACAGUUUAAUGUUUUUCAGUUGUAAAUAGACCACCUAGUAAUUGAGUUGUAACAGUUUAAGUCUUGUAAGCCUAAGCACUUGACAAUGUGGUCAAGUGUGGCGGUGAUACCUCCGAUUUAGGUAUAAGCUUCCGCAAUAUUUUUAUAAAGUCUUUUAUAUUCUUAUUUACUUAAAGUUAGUAAAUCGGGGGUGUUACACAAUCAGUUUGGGGUUGACAUCGGAUGGGGUGUUGAAUCGUGUUCGGCUCAGUGUCGGGUCGUGUUAAUUCAAUUAUCGGUCAUCUUCAGGUCGAGUGUCAGAUUCGGGUCAUACAGUACCACGCCAAAAUCGGUUAUUGAUUUUAUCGGAUCAGGUGCAGAUCGGUUUACGAGUUUUUUUAUUUUAACAAUAUUUCAAAUUUCGAUCGAUUAUACAUAUAGUCUAUUCAGAUCGGGUCAGUAUUUGACUACUCUACCUCCACCACUCCACCCCGUUAGUUUGCAUUGCAUAAUGCCGUAACCAACACUAUCUAAAUACAAAUGCUGGUUAGUACGGUUCCUCAUUUAAAAUUACAAAAAAAUUAUAGAAAAACUGAACUGUAUUUUAAAAUUCAGUUUAAUCCAUGUUAAUCUCCUACAUCAUACCACCCAAAACUCCGCAUUUCCCAAUUCCUUCUCUUUCUAUACCUCCUACUAUCUACCAGAUUCACCAAAGGAAACCCUUUCUGGUUACCGGCGUCUCCAGAUCCUCCCGCCGGAAACCUCGCCGGAAACGCCUUGAAGCUGACAUGUCUGUAUCGAUUCCGGUGCCGCCUUCCACCACCCACCGCCGCGAUAGGGAGGAUGAGCCCUUUCUUGCUUCCGCUAAUGAUUCAAAAGAAGGAGAUUUCUUGACAGCUGAAGCAGAGAAUGAGGCAUGCUCCUCAAGUAAAAUUUCUGUUAAGCGCAAGCAUAAACCUAAGAGCUGGUUCAGCUGCUUUGGUGUGGACAUGUCACCAGAUACAAUCGCUGUAGCCAUGGUUUACUUUGUCCAAGGUGUUUUAGGCCUCUCGCGGCUUGCUGUCAGUUUUUAUUUGAAAGAUGAAUUGCAUCUAGAUCCUGCAGAGACAGCUGUCAUAUCUGGGUUCUCUUCAUUCCCAUGGCUAGUUAAGCCUCUUUACGGAUUUAUAAGUGAUUCUAUUCCUCUUUUUGGAUAUCGGAGAAGAUCAUAUUUGGUAUUGUCUGGGCUUCUUGGUGCAUUUUCCUGGACUUUGAUGGCCACUAUUGUUGACAGCAAGUAUAAUGCUGCUUUCUGCAUACUUCUUGGAUCUCUUUCAGUCGCCUUCUCUGAUGUUGUUGUAGAUUCCAUGGUUGUAGAAAGAGCUCGUGGUGAGUCACAAAGUAUUUCAGGUUCUCUACAGUCUUUGUGUUGGGGAUCUUCAGCAUUUGGCGGUAUUGUGAGCGCCUAUUUUAGUGGCUCUUUGGUAGAUGCUUAUGGUGUGAGAUUUGUUUUUGGUGUCACUGCAUUGCUUCCUUUAAUCACAUCUGCAGUUGCUGUUCUGGUUAAUGAACAACGGGUCCUUGGGCCAGUUUGGGAUUAUAAUCGUAGUGGUGGAGGGCCUAGUUUAAAGGAAAGCUUCAACCAGAGUGUUGUCCAGUUGUGGGAUGCUGUCAAGCAGCCAAAUGUGUACUAUCCUACCUUAUUUGUCUUUCUGUGGCAGGCAACACCUCAGUCAGAUUCUGCUAUGUUCUACUUCACAACAAAUAAACUUGGUUUUACCCCUGAAUUUCUUGGGCGGGUCAAGCUCGUAACUUCCGUGGCGUCGCUGCUUGGUGUUGGCCUCUAUAAUGGUUAUUUGAAGAAAGUUAGUUUGAGGAGUAUAUUUUUGGCAACAACUAUUGCUGGAACUACUCUUGGAAUGACACAGGUUUUCCUUGUAACUGGACUAAAUCGACAGUUAGGUAUAAGUGAUGAGUGGUUUGCUGUAGGAGAUUCCCUAAUCCUCACUGUUCUUUCCCAGAUUUCUUUUAUGCCUAUCCUUGUCUUAGCUGCAAAGUUGUGUCCCGAAGGUGUGGAAGCGACUCUGUUUGCCACAUUGAUGUCAAUAUCAAAUGCUGGAAGUGUUUUAGGAGGACUUAUUGGUGCUGGAUUGACUCAGGUCUUUGGAGUCACCAAAGACAGAUUUGAUCAUUUGGCUGCACUCAUAAUCCUAUGCAACCUUAGCUCGUUGUUGCCCUUGCCACUUCUCAGCUUUCUCCCUACCGAUGAUUUUAAUGAAAAAACCGAUGAAGAAAGUGAUAUUGAAAUGAAGUCUAAUUGAUCCCUUGAUCAAAUUGUUAAUCUGACAUGAAGCAAUCGCAUGGAGAAAUCGUAUUCUUCGCAUUUAGCUGCUAUGCCACGAUGACACGUAACGCCCUUUGCUAUGUCGCUGCUGAAUCCUGCUAUGAAGACAAAGUCCACUUCUCCACUCUGCGUUCCAACACCUGAGGGUCUACUAAAAGAAUUCACACUCAUAAUUGUAUUCUUUAUUUAGUUCAACCACUCAUAAAACAUAAUACUCUCAAUUAGGUUUUACCAUGAUCUUGGAAGCUUUGUAAUCUAUAUAAAAGGAAGAUGGUGUUGUCCGUAAUGUGACCGACAUUAAGCUUAUAUCCAAGACACUAUUCAAAAUGUUUACCUCAAAGGCUCAAAAUGUAUAAACUUCCUUCGUUUCUAAAUAUAUACUUGUAACAAUUUGAAUUCGUUUUAACGUUUUUGUGCCAAUAUCAAACAACUGAGAUUGAACUGUGAA